GGUGCGGCAGGAGGAGGCGGAGGGAGCUUGGAGCAGGGGGGCUGUGCGUCUCCGCGGAUCGCCGCACACAACCACCACCAUGCCAACCAAAACAACCCCCACCACAGCCCUAAUCCACGUCCGGUGUUGCAGCACGCGCAUGUCAACCACGCCCACGGUGCCGCCAGCCCUCGUCCCCACCAGCACCCGCACCCCCACCAGCACCCUGCCGCCCCCUCCUACCCGCACAAGCCACUGCACGGCAUCAAUCAGCCGGGUGCCCCGCAGGCGGGCAACACGGGCGCGGGGGCGGGUCGCAGCCUGCUCAUCAUCUAAGCCUGCCCGCCAGCGCCUAGAUCCUAGAUCCCUGAACACGCCGGUUCGUGGGGCCUGGGUCGUGGUGUUGCACCUCGCCUCGCCUGCACCUCUGUAUGUCGGUUGCUGCAGCUGGCAUGCACGUAGAUGGUAUUAUUCGAUGAUGUGCUCUGAUGGGCCCUGCGGCGGCGGCAGAGGCCUUUUGAGAGGUGUGCUGCAGCCCCAUGGUGUGUGUGAGCCUGCUGGUGGCGGGUGGUUGUUGCACCCUUGACACAUGGCGGGUCAAUGGCGGGAGAGAGCGUGACUGGGAUGCUUAUGUAUCUGCAUCGGGGAGGGCGUUAAAAUUGAGGGCCCUAUCCCAUAUACGCGAUUUGGGGUUGGUUCUUAUUGCAAUCGGCGGCGCGUGGGGGGCAAUCUUCCGGGAGUCUGGUUGGACAACAAACCAUUCUUAGCUGGAAUGCAAAGCCGCCUCCAAAGGCAGAGCCGCAAGGAUAUCUGCUGUGGUGCGAGUGAGCCACCUUGCACAUGCGUUUACUGCGCAAUGCCUUUAUAUUUGGUUUGGGUCUGGCGUGAUGGAUGAUAUUGAUACUAUUACCGGUUUCGCGGCCAUCUUGCGUAUUGGGGGGCCGCAUUGGGGGGGGGGAGAGUCCCGAACUGUUUGCCAUGUUGCAAUGCGUUACCUGCGUCAUGCAUGGUUGUUGGCUGUUGUAGAGUACUGGUGCAUCCUUGCAUGCGUGCGGUUUGUAUGUGCUGCAGAUUGUUUUUGGGCGGGUGGCUGAACGCAGCGGAUUGCAGCUGCACAAUGGCUAAGGGUUGAUGAACCGUCCGUCGCCGCUGAUAUAAACAGUUGUCUGUCAUUUGAAACACACAGGGCUCGUAUCUCCAUACGAGAUCCUCCCUUUCCGAACCUUAAUCGGGCUUGGCGGUCCGCAUGCUUUUCUGAUAGCAGGCAAUGCAAGCCUGCUGGUCCGUGACACUCGCCUGUUGCCUUGGAUGCCCUAAAUGCCAAUGGAUGUAUUUGUGCGUUGUACGAAGUGCUCCCUGCAUCUUUCAUUGUUAAGGACGGAUAUCCAUUUCGAUUGUGAUCACCAAGCUAUGUUGCGCGGGCUGGGUGGUGGUGACGGUGGGGUGGUCGCGGAAACCGUAGUGGCGGAAAGAGAUGAUGGCUGUUGGGCUUUGCAUGUCAGUUACAAUUGGCUUCCUUUGGCCUGCCCAAGUUGGUCCCAGUGCUUGGUGCGUGACUGUUGUCCUCCGCUACAACCACACACCUACAUAGGGUGGAGCUAGGGUGGUAGGCUUGUAGUGAGUGUGAUCCCAUGCUCGUGGGUAUGCGCACCUGUCCUGUUGCAGGCUGGGGUAUGAAUACGAUUUUCGCGAUUAGGUGAGCAUAUAAUGAGCGCGCCGACGGUGUAGCAGGGCGUUGGUGGUUGGUCUUCUUGUUGUUCUUGAGGGUUGUUUACUUACACGGCGUGCCGUAAGGCUCGUCAAUAGUACAUGAUGAUGCGUGACACGGAGGGUCGGUCUGGGCUGUUGUUUAUUCAACACGUAUAAACCUGCAUGUAUUUCUAAUGGACCUUGUUAUGUUGUUGUUGAUAUGGUG